GUAAUGUCGCGUUGAUUGCUGCGUGACGCUUCACUUCGCACACUCUUCCUCCGUCCUUUCCUGAGCCCUUCUACUGUUCCCACCUCCUUCAUCCCUUCCUCCAUCCCCCGUCUGUCUGGAUCCAGACCUCCUCCCUCCUUCCUCUCCCCCCACGACAGCAGAGCAUGAGAAGAGAAAAUAUUUAGCCAUCGAUACGAAGCACAUCGCCACCCGCUGAAGCGCACACAGAGGAGGAUCAGUGCUGCAGCAGCCCAUCUCUUGCCUGUCGGACGCAGAGGAAUGGUAAUUAGCGAGACACUGACUCUGCAACAAGCACCCGACGAGGGACGAGAAGGCAGAGGAAGGCACGGGCGGAAAAUACUCGGGGAUCCGUCAGGCUGCAGACAUUUUCUUCCACCGUAUGACAGAAGCUGAGCACUGAAAAAGAUGUGAUCCAAAGUCCUCCCCCUCGUUCUCUUUCAUCCUUCCUUCACCUCUGCAGGAUCCUCCGAAACCUACUGACUGGAUGCUCUCCAACGGCUCAGGAAGCCAGUCCACUGAAUGACAAUAAUGAAUCCCAGAAACUCCGCCGGACCCCUUGUAAAGAUCUGACAUGACAUUUCGGUUUGGAACGUCAAUUUAUCCGACAGAUGGACAGCAGGAGGCGUGGCUGACUUCUGCACGUGUCCCGGACCUGGAGGAGGGAAUGUGCUCUUCCUCUUUUCUGAGGAGAUGAUCUUUGAAGGACUGAUCGGCUGGAGCUCUUAUUAGUUGCCUUUAUUUGGUUGGAACCCGCCUCUCUUUGAGUUGAAAUCUCCUCGGGCUCUUGGAUGUCAAGACUGACAGUAUGCUAGUCCAAGAUGCGGAGGCUCAGCAGUGACGCUGAUGAUCAGUCAACUUGUUCAUCUGUUCUUACAUGGUGAGGCAGACUGCAUUCUGCUGCGGAAAAAUAUUGCUUUGCGGGGAAGAAAAAAAAACAAUUUCAUCCCAAUCAUUGAAGUUUCAUGGAUUGAUUUGCAAUGACAAACUGCCUGGUCCUGAACUCUGAGGAGGAAAUGAGUUGUCCAGCGCGACGGCCUCUUUGAAACAGCCUCACCUUCCGCCUGGGCCGCAGGAUGUGGCUGCAGCUAACCGCCUGAGACACUCAUUCUUCACUCCUGUGUGAGGCGCUGAGACGUUCACUUCAACCUGUUCAAUCUCUGUUUUCUGAUGGGCUGCUGCCUGGACGCCGCCACCUGACUGAAGCAGGGGGAUGUUUAAAGACUCAACGUUUGCUCUGGCCUCGGCCCCAAAGAGAUAUGUUCCAUCCUGAGACUUGAAUUCAAACUUCACCCAGAGGCAGUCCUCUCCCCCCCACUUCCCUUUGGUGGGGGGGAGGGUGAAGGGUGUAUCAAUCUUUAGGGUGUAGGGCUUCAGGUCAUAGAGCGUAGUUAGAUGUUUUGGUUGUAGACUAGACUGUAACCCUGCGGCAGCUUCAGUCUCCUUCUGUAUUGCGGUGGUGUAUUAUUAGAACCUGUUGUUGUAGAUUUUGGGUUCGUUUUCACACCGCAGUCUAAAGAUUUAAGUUGAAGUUUCAGUCAAUAACGCUGCGUUUGCACUCCGCGUCUGAGCUAUGGAUCCGAACCCAGGCCCAGGCCCAGGCCAGGGAAGUCCUGAGAGCCCGAACCGAGCAGUGGAGUACCUUCUUGAACUCAAUAACAUCAUCGAGAGCCAACAGAAGCUUUUAGAAACCCAGCGCAAACGAAUUGAGGAGCUGGAGGUGCAACUGGACCGGCUCAGCCAGGAAAACAAGGACUUGCGUCUGGACCGGCAGCCCGUCGCCCCUCCGCCUCCAGCUCCGCCUCCUGAGCCUCGACCCCCUCCUCCGCCCCCACCGCCUCCUCCGACUCAGACCUCGUCAUCCUCCAUUUCUACCAAGAACUACCACCAUCACAACAGCCAAGCUCCUCCACAGCCCCCCACUUCCAUCCCCCUCUACCACAGCCACCAGUAUCACCACCACCAGCAGCAGCCGCCGCCGCAGCCCUCGCAGCACCACUACUCCUACAACAGCACCAACAGUACAACCACAAUCCACGUUCCCAUUUCAACCACAGGCCCAUCCAUUUCUGCUCCCGCACCAAUUUCCACCCCAGUCAGCGCACCGGCCCCCGCUCCGCCUCCCCCGCCUCCGAUUCCACCCAGGGAUCCCCCGCGGGCCCACAGCCGACUGACCCGACUGCCCUCCACCAGCACGGGAACCAACACCAACUUUGUGGAGAAGGAGAAGGAGCGAAUUGAGCGUCUGCACAGGACUAACGCUUCCAACAACCACCACGCCCACACCCUCCACCACAAACCUGUGGAGGGUGACCCUCAGUGUGCAGAGGCGCUCACUUUUUCAGAUCCGUCCUUCGAGCAUCCGCCUCCCUUCCAUCGCUAUAGCAACAGCCCUCUCACCAGUCCCUGCGACCCCUACAGCUCCUCCUCCAGCAUCGGACCACUGGGCCUCUCCCACACACACGCACAGGGAAGCUCUCCCAUCUCCCCACCCAGCCCGGCGAGUCUUGCUUGGGCCCAAAGAACUCGCCAUCAGCCGGCCAGUCUGGCGCUCCGCAAGCAAGAGGAGGAGGAGAGCAAGCGCUGCAAGGCUCUAUCUGACAGCUAUGAGCUCUCUACAGACCUCCAGGACAAGAAGGUGGAGAUGCUGGAGAGGAAGUACGGCGGCCAGUUUGUGUCCCGGCGGGCCGCCAGAAUCAUCCAGACAGCCUUCAGACGGUACCGCAUGAACAAGAACUUUGAGCGGCUUCGCAGCUCCGCGUCAGAAAGCAGGAUGACCCGCCGGAUCAUCCUGUCCAACAUGAGGAUGCAGUAUUCCUUCGAUGAUCGGCAACCCCACGCUCAUGGGUCUGUGGGUCAGCAGGGGUCAGAGGAAGCAGGCGACAUGGAUGACUCCUUCUCGAAACAGGUGAAGUCGCUCGCAGACUCCAUGGAUGACUCCCUCACAUGCCAGUCCGGACGGGAAGACUCACAAGAAGCAGGCGGUGAUGGAGAGGAGGACGAUGAGGAGGACGAGGAGGAAGAAGAAGAAGAGGAGGAGGAAGGAGAAGAGGAUGAGGAAGAUGAGGAGGAAGACUACAGACAGUGCACGUGGCGCAACAACGCCCGUCAUGUGACGGGACGCGCGGGAGGAGUCGGGAGAGUAGGUAUCGGAGGAGGAGCGGCCAUGCACGAGGACAGCACCACCACCUCCUUCAGCGAUGUCACCCUUUAUAUGGAUGAUGGCUGCCUCCCCUCCUCGCCUCUCUCCCGCCCACCGUCCUCACCGCUGUCUCACCCCAACUCCAGCUCUGACACGGAGUACUGGGGAGGAGGCGGAGGAGGGAGAGAAGACAGCCGAGAGACAGAAGGAGGGAGCAACAACAGCCGAAGGAGCAGCACUCCUUGUACCGAGUGCAGAGGGGAGUACAGAGGGAGAGCUGGCGGGGGCGGAGGAGGGGGGCACCUACCCGUGCUCACCAUAGAACCACCUAGUGACAGCUCAGUGGACAUGAGUGACAGGUCGGAGCGAGGCUCAAUCGGCCGCCUGGUGUACGAACAGGAUUCCGCUGGAGUGGAGCGGGAGAGAGAGAGGGAGAGGAGGGGAGGAGAAGGAGAGAGCGGAGAGGAUGAGAGAGGAGGCGGAGCAGGAAGCAGUGAAGCCGACUCGCCACAGGGAACCAUCAAACACAAACCAAACGGCCGCUCGGUGGCCACGGCGCAGGGCCAGACUCGCAGCCCCGCACCCGUCCCCCUGCCCAUACCCUCGGCCCGGACACUGCCGUCGCACCCUCUGCCACACCCACUCCAACACACCCACCAACACCCACCACCCAUUCCUCACCUACCCACCAUCCUCCACCACCACCCUCAGUACAACCAGCCUCACAUCAUGCACAUGCACCACGGCCACGGCGGAGCCUCCUACGGCCAGCACCACUUCACCCAGCACCACUACCACCACCUGCACCACCAACACCACCACCCUUACGCCGAGUCGCCGUCCUCCCCGCUGCCAUCACCUGUGCCUCCGCUGACGCCUCUCUCGCCUUUGCCGCCGCCGCUCACGCCCUCCCCGCUCUCCUCCUCGUCCUCCGCGCUCCCCAACAUGGAGAGCCAGCAGCACGGCCACCACCACCACCACAUGCACCACCACCACCUGCUCUGCUCAGACGGAGACAACGAGAGCGUCAACUCCACCACCACCAACUCCAACGACGACACCACCGUCAACAACUGCAGCUCCGGGUCCUCGUCGCGUGACAGCCUGCGGGAGCCAAUCGGAGGAGCCUCGGUGGGGAAGCAGACCUAUCAGAGAGAGAGCCACCACAGCUGGGACUCGCCCGCCUUCAACAACGACGUGGUGCAGCGGCGGCAGUACCGCAUCGGUCUCAACCUGUUUAAUAAGAAGCCCGAGAAAGGGAUCCAGUACCUGAUUGAGCGAGGGUUUGUGUCCGACACGCCGGUGGGAAUCGCCAGAUUCAUUCUGGAGCGGAAAGGCCUGAGCCGACAGAUGAUCGGCGAGUUCCUAGGCAGCCGGCAGCAGUUUAACAAAGACGUGCUGGACUGUGUUCUAGAUGAGAUGGAUUUCUCCGGGAUGGACCUGGAUGAUGCACUGAGGAAGUUCCAGGCUCAGAUUAAAGUGCAAGGUGAAGCCCAGCGAGUGGAGCGGCUGGUGGAGGCCUUCAGCCAGCGGUACUGCGUCUGUAACCCGGUGCUGAUACGGCAGUUCCAGAAUCCCGACACCAUCUUUAUUCUGGCGUUCGCCAUCAUCCUCCUCAACACCGACAUGUACAGUCCAAAUGUGAAGCCGGAGAGGAAGAUGAAGCUGGAGGACUUCAUCAAGAACCUUCGAGGUGUGGACAAUGGUCAGGAUAUUCCAAGAGAUCUCCUUGUUGCCAUCUAUGGACGGAUCCAGAAGUGGGAGCUGAGGACCAACGAUGAUCAUGUCUCUCAGGUCCAAGCGGUGGAGAGGAUGGUGGUGGGCAAGAAGCCGGUUCUGUCGCUGGCUCACCGCAGACUAGUCUGCUGCUGCCAGCUGUUUGAGGUUCCUGAUCCAAACCGAGCCCAGAGGAGCAGCGUCCACCAGCGAGAAGUCUUCCUGUUCAACGACCUGCUAAUGGUGACCAAAAUCUUCCAGAAGAAGAAGACCUCCGUCACGUACAGUUUCCGACAAUCAUUUCCUCUGGUGGACAUGCAAGUCCACACAUUCCAAAACACCUACUACCCUCACGGUAUCAGACUCACGUCGGCUAAUCCAGGAGGAGAGAGGAAGGUGCUGAUCAUCUUCACGGCACCGAGCCAGCAGGAUCGAGCUCGCUUCACCUCGGACCUCAAAGAGAGCAUCGCAGAAGUGCAGGACAUGGAGAAGUACAGAGUGGAAUCCGAGCUUGAGAAGCAGAAAGGUGUGAUGCGCCCUGGAAUGCUGACAGGUGGACCCGGAAGUUGCGGCAUCACGGGAGGAGGGACCAGCGCGAGUGGGGGGGCCCUGAAGGGCGACGUGGUGAAUGGAACUUUGGGUCGACCGAGCCUUGACGACACGUACGCGUCAGUAGACGGACUGAAACGCACGGCUCUCAGCUCAUCGCUGCGGGACCUGUCAGAAACAGGGAAGCGAGGUCGUAGGAACAGUGUGGGCUCAUUGGACAGUACCAUUGAAGGUUCCAUCAUUAGCAGCCCCCGGCCGCACCAGCAGCGCCCCCUGCCUGUUGGAGGUAUUUCCUACAACCCUAUGAUGGUCCCGACCUCUCCAGCAGCCUACCGGCCACACCGCCCUACUCAGAGCCCCGGUACAGGGGUGGGGGGUGGGCCGGGGCUCUGUCACAACCAGGGAGGUAUCGGUACUUCCCCUCUCGUGAGCGGGGGAGGGGCUGGGAUCGGAGGAGGGAUGUCGGGUGGGGGCGGGCCUCCUGGCGCCGCCCUGAGAGGGAACUUCUUCGGCAGCCGCAGAGGCAAAGUUCCUGGUCCCCUGACGAUGACGUCACCCACUCCUCCGAGUCCCCUGAGUCCCCUGAUGAUAUCAUCCCCCCCACAUUAUCCCGCCCCCGCACCUCCCAUCCCCCACCCAUCCUCCCCUUCCCCAUGCCCCUCCCCCUCGGCCAACCACGGCCUGGACUCGGGAGGGGUUGGCGGGGGCGGCGGUUCGGGAGGGGCAUCCAAACUCCAGGCCUUGCACGCCCACUACUGCCACGGCAACAGUGGCGGAGGCGGAGUUACUGGGAACCAGCAGACUCCGCCCCCACCUUACCACCACCACCAUCGCUACCACAUGCAAAGCGCCCCGCAGCACCAACCCCUCACGCACAGGUACUCAGUCCCUCGGCGGCAGGGACCCUCGGCCUGCGCUCCCUCUCAUGUCCAGCAGCACCAGAGGAUUCAACAUGGCGCCAUCCAACACUCCCGCUACAACAUCGCCUCGGGCUUCAUCACACCGCCGCCAUUGUCCCCGCACUCCCCCGUGACUCCUACUACCCCACACGGACUCUACCACUCCCACCCUGCGGUGGGAAGGCCGGGGGGUGGCGGCGGGAAGCUACCGCUGACAAUAUCGCACUCUCAGCCCCACCCACACGCUCACUCUCACAACCACGCCAUGCACACACACUCCCCGCUCAGCCCGUCUCCCUCCGCCUCCCCCUCUACCCACUUCAUCUUCUCCCCGCCUCCCCAAACGCCUUCGGCACGCCUCCUCUCCCAGGCAGCCCAACAGCCCUACGCGCCUCAGUAUCCGCCCCUCUCCUCCAUUCCGCCGCCCCCACCACAUUCCCCGUUGCCGCCCCCAUCGGCCGCGCCCUUAUCGCCGCACCCAGGGGCCGCCGGAGGACAAGGGGGAGGUCCCAAAUCCAAACCGGUCAGUCGGAUCAGCACGGUUGUUUAAGAAGGAAGAGGACGACAGCGAUGGUCUGCCAACCCAACGUGAAUCAGCAGGGGGCAGCAGUGAGAUUACGGAGAAAAGGAAGGAGGAGAGGGGGCCAGGUGCAGGUGUAUAGACACGGUCACAUGGUUAGAAGGAGAGCACUGAGAUUUGGGCAGAGGAGGUUACUCAGCCUGUGCUAUUUCCACAUCCAUUUCCCUCGAAAGUAACAGGCUGGGAGAGGAGAGUAUCCUGGCAGCGAAAGCAUAGAGACGUUGAACGGACCACGAGGGAAGCAGUCGCGGCAGAAGACCUCGAGGAGGACACGUUUGCCGACGUCGUCAUGUCUUGUGAAUCUGUUUCGUGGUUGGGGGACCAGAUGUGAAAGGAACAGUGCCUGAGAAUUAUCUUAGCGGAAGUGAAACCUGACAACAGGACCUUUUUACUAUUUCCAAAAUAAAAUCACACGAGUCUUGCUCCACCUUCGCACAAACGCACUGGUACCAUGUUCGGUUGUUGCCAUACUAAAAGCCAUGAGGUGUAAUUCAGAAGCAUUUUGCAUUAAUAUGGUGGAGUUUCGUGUCUUAGACAGGCAUGCAUGACAUGUGCAAUAGCUAAUAAAUGUCAGUGUGUCUGUGCUUCAAUACUAUAUGCAGGAGGAGGAAUUUGUUUUGGUUCGAGGCCCCAAUCCUGAAUUUCUUCAGCCAUACAAAGGGCUUCACUGGAGUAAACCUUUCAUUAAAGCAAGCCAUUCUAAUAAAAACUACAGGUCUUUUUUUAGCUCUAAAGUUUUGCCAAGUGGCUUUAGACACCGUCAUGAUUGUGGUUCACAGGGUUUCCUCACGUGUGGAUUUGAUAUUUGACAAGAAAACUGUAUUUGUAAUGAAGCUGUGUUUGCCCCGAAUAUUAUCCCGAUAUAUAUGAAAGCAUUAUGUCAGAUAUGAUAUUUGUCAACUGUAUAUCAUACUAUAUAACGUGUCUGAAGUUGCCAGGGAAGGAGAUUACACUGAGUGGUGCCAAACAGGGUGCAGUCUGGGAGACCUUUUGAUUUCUGCCGUUAUUGCUAAAUGCAUUUGGAGUUUAGGAAUCAUGAAUUCAAGAAAUGCUGCUUUCACGCAGAGCUUGUCUUGUCCCAUAAACAGUGUUUAUUUUUUUUCAUCUAAGGUACAGAAGCAUGGUUAACUAAUGUGCCUUCAGACAGCCGGGCCCUUGCGCCCAGUGUGGGAGGGAAAUGGCGAGGAUAUUGAAGAGUAAUUGCAUUUCACUCCGAACCGUUCGAUACUAUAAAGACACGUUCACCUGGACCUAGUUUAUUAUGGAGGAUACUUCGACGUCUUUCUAUUUUUGAUGCGUUCCAUUUGCACUACGACACAAAUUCUUUUCAUAUCACCAGACGACAGGGUGUUUGCACACCCCCACAGAUUUUACCAUCCAGUUGUAGUUUUAGGAGGAUCCAUUUGUGAUGAAAGAAAUACCUCGUGAUAAGGGCGACCAUUGCGGAGAUAAUUUGGGGUUCUUUUUGAUAACACAAGUGCACCAACUGUAGAUAUUAACUGUACAGUGUGCUGCUUAAAUUCAUGAAGCCACAAAACGUCCAUUGGCGCAUCCAAGGAUUCCUUAUUGUGUAACAACGACACUUUCUAAAAACAAAUUCUGAAGAAUCCUUUGGCUUUGUACGGUGUGCUACUGAUGUUAUUAGUGAUAUUGUUGCGUGGCAAGCUUCUACUAACAUGAACUGCUCCUUUGGCUGUUUGGUAUUUUGGGCUUUUUUUUAUUUUGUUAUGUGCUGACAGGUGUGAGAGCUUUACUUUUCUUCUGAUUUGGACAUCAUAUUAUCUACUAAUUUUAAAUUUUAAAACAAAAAAAUAGUGUCUUUUUUGUGACUAACAUGCCGCUAAUGAUGUAGACGGAACACAAACUAACAUCAGAUCUGCAACAACUUUAAAAUACAGUAAAUGCACCACACAUGGUAUAUACUCAACAAAAAUAGAUUCCAUUAAGCCCUGGAUUUUUCCAGAAUAUUACCACUCAAAAUUACUAAUAGAGUCAAUACCUGUAAUUUUGCAUCUUAUUUGCCCUUCAUGCAAAGGCCUGUAUGUGACGACAUUUUCAUUUACACAUUUAUUUGCUCAUAUUUACAGAUUUUUGUGCCUGUCAGUCAUAUGAACAGUCAUAAAACCCUCUGGUCUUCCUUCAUAGCCCAUACAUCUGAAUACUUGUCUGUCUUGUUUUAUUUUAAAUGUUUAAAUGGUUUGAAACUAUUGUAUUUUCUACAGCGACAAAAGCCAAUUAUUCUAAUUAUUAAUCCAUUUCUGCCUUUAAACACCACCGUCUGAUUUAAUAGUGCAAAAAUACAGGUAUUGAUAUCUGAAUAUUUCAUUGAAAUGUUUUUCUGCCCCCGCCUGCUCACCAUCAGUUUGCAUGUGGUGUUUAUUACAGUACUGCACUGAAUGACAAUGUAAUAUAACAUGAAUGUAAAUAACCAUUCUUAUAAGAGAGGGCUCCCUUUGCUCUGCAGUUGGCUUCUUAUCUCUGAAGUGGUUCGCGGCAAAACCAGAAGGUUCAAUGUUUUCCAAAAGAAAUAAUAAUGAUCUGGCUGCAUAACAGGGAACAUUGAAAUGAAGGAACAAGCACAUAAGAGAUUUCAAGUUCAAAAUGCUGGGGGGAGUGUGAGUGUUUUGAUCCUGUGUGAAGAUUCGUGUGUAACAAGAAGAUGGAGUUGUAUGAAAUAAAACAAUGGACUGCUUUAUUCAAGGAUGAGAACUUUUGUUUAUAAUGUAGAGCAAAGAGAGACUAGACUAGUCCUUGUAAAAUUGUAUGAGUACCGUGUCAAAUAUGUGUCAAGAGAGACAUUAUUUUAACAUUUUAGCCAUGUACAUAAAUAUACAAUAGUUGUACUUUGUUUUUGAAACUGCAAAGAUAUGAAAAAUGUGGAAAUAUUUAUUGCUCUAUAUAAAAGAUAUAAAAUAUGUUUAUGUUGAUGGAAACGUGUUGUGGUCGU